AUGGCUGAAAGAAAGCCUUCAGGCUUCCGUUUUCGCCUACCGUGGUUACUACAACCUGCAUUAACUUCCCGUUCUGCCAUUGCCCCCGAGCCGCCACGCACCACCACACAAACCUCUGUUGUAUCAACUCCUGCUCAAAGGCCACCAUUUCGGCCGGCAGGGAUAGCCCCGGCACCAGUAGCACGACCAUCGACCCUAGCUACACCAGCACCACCACCAGUUUCGCCAACACAAGCUCCACCACGUUCAGCAACAUCGCCAGUGCCGGUAGUAUCAUCUCCACCUCCUGUUCCGGCUAAGUCAUCAGCACCUAAAUCCGCAUUAGCAAAAAAUCUUGAUCCUGUUGCAAAUCAACCUAGGAAAGAAACUCAAACCACCAGUGAAAUUGCCGGAGCUAUUCCACUUGGUGCUGCUAGAACUGCCGAUGAUGGUGAAACUCAGCCCAUGAAAGGAACUCACAACUCCACAAAAAUGGCAAGUCCAACAACUCUACCUGCAAUUGAUAAAGUUGCUGCUACCAUUAAAACUCAAACCACCGGUGAAACCCCAGGUCCCGCGGUUCCAAUUGCGGCUGCUAGAACCGCUGACGUAGGUGAAACUCAGCCAAUGGAAAAAACUCAGGCCACCACAGAAUUGGCAAGUCCGGCAACUCCACUUGCAAUUGAUAAAGUUGCUGAUACCAUCAAAACUCAAACCACCAGUGAAACCCCAGGUCCGGCUGUUCCACUUGCGGCCGCUAAAAUCACAGAGGCUGAUGAAUUUCAGUCCACUAAAGAAACUCAGGCCGCCACUGAUAUGGCAAGUUCGACAACUCCACCUGCAAUUGCAAAAAUUGCUAAUACCAUCGAAACUCAGCUUACAAAGGAAACUCUCACAACCACCGGAACUAAACCAACCAUUGAAACACCAGCUCCGGCAACCCCACCUCAACGACUGCCACUCAGGCCACCGUCUCCAGUUAACAUACAACCACUUCAGACAGAUACCUCACCCAGAUCUCCAUCUCGAUUAGCCUCUCAGUCUACAGAAAAACCAUCAUCAUCUUCCCCCAUAACCACAAGUGCAGUUUCCCAUAAUACACCAGGAAAUAUGGCAAUAGAUUCAAAUAAUGUUUCACAGGGUGUUGAUCUUGCUCUAGAUGCAAAAUCAAAGGAGAUAGCAAAAGCGAAAGGAAAACAAACCAAAUCCUUGAAUCGACAUUCAAUGGACAAAAUCACGGAAAGAAAAUCUCAAAAACCAAAAGCAAUACCAUCAGCUCGACUUUCCCUACACAGAGAGAUCAAAGACGACAUUUUCAAGUUCAUUCAUAAGAUGGCAACAAGUCCUCCAAAGAGAUAUAUGGAUGAAAAACCUGCAAGUGUUGUUACAGUUGCUGGUGACAACACAGGGGCAUCUAUGCAUUUAGGUUCAGAUGUAACCAAAAGAGAUAUCCAAAGAGGAUAUAAGGUUAAUCCUGCCAUUAAUGGAGAGGGAAACUCAAAUGGUAGAGAUUCAGAAUCCAAUGAAAAUGAGGAAACAAAAGCAAUCGUUAAUAGCAAUAUUCAAGGAAUCAAUAACUCAAUGAUGUUCAACAGCUCUGUUACUGAUAGGAACCCAGGUGUUCAUCUAGGUUUUUUCCAUAAUAUAGCGAACAACAACGAUUCAAAGAUGGAGAAUAGGGGGUCAAUGGAGACGCAUAAGGCGGAAGCCAACAUUACCCCCCAACAGACACUCGUUUACGAUCCCACAAUCGGAAGAUGCCUUGAAGGGGUUUCCAUGGAGGCUUGCGACCUUGAAGCAGAUGAUGACAAGAAAUCAGUCAAAGGUUAUGAAAUAGAGGUUGCUUGA